AUGUCCUUGUCGACAGGCCCAAAGACUCCCGCAAAGCGCUCGUCGCGUCUACGCAAUGAGAAGCGCACCCCACUAUCUCCAUCGCUUUCCCAUGGGAUGACCAACUUGUCCCUCAGGAGCACUUCACCUGUGAAAGCUCCCAGUCGGCGAAGCAAGUCCACUACGAAGACGAAGACCGUCGACAUGGUCGUCAAGACAAAAUUAGAUGAUACAACAAAUCCCUUUAUCUCUAAGGCGGAUAUACCAAGGCCUAGGACUCAGUCCUUGUCAGAGAGCCUAAAUUAUGAUUUUCGAGCUGCACUCGAUCUCAGUGGUAGCCGUUCUCGGCCAACUACCCCCGCCAAGAGCUUUACGGAAACUGGCUGUUUUAUUGUGACUGAUGCACUGCGACGAGAAGCGGCUGGUGGUUUAUUCACUAGACAGGAAGCCCAAAGUCAAAUGGAUCUGCUAAAGAAGGAUUUCGUGCCACCCCCACGGAAGAAAGUCACGCGGUCAAGGUCCCAGCCAGCUAUCGGAAAGAGAGACAGGAUUUUUCCUAGGGAACCGGAAUUGGUUGUGGAUCAAGCAGAUCGCUUCAUAGCGAACCCUGCUGAGCGUGACUUGUGCGCGACCCUCGAGCUCAUGCAUCUCAACGUCAAUUCAGCUUCACCUGGGUAUACCGCUCGACUCAUUGAAGCCACUGGGCUUCCUGUGGGCAAGCGUGUACUUGCCUUCCAUGAGGCACCUCCAAUAGCGCCAGUAGACCCAACCCUGGCUGAACAGCGCGAGCAUGUUAAGCCACUUCUUCGCGCACCAGGAAAUAAUCUCAUGACUUCCAGUGGAGGCAGUUCUUCGUCCAGCAAAAUUCGGAAGCUCCCAAGCCAGCCAGAGCGUGUUCUUGAUGCACCGGGAAUGGUUGACGACUUCUACCUCAAUCUCAUCAAUUGGUCUUCGCUCAAUAUUGUCGCAGUCGCCCUCGGGGAAAGCGUAUAUACGUGGCGGGCAGAAACAGGUGCUGUUACCCAUCUGGGUGAUGUACCCGAAGACACAUACGUCUCGUCAGUCGAUUUUUCUGCAGACGGCACGUUCCUCGCGGUCGGUACCGGAACUGGAGACGUUGAGCUAUGGGACAUUGAGACUAGCACGAUGUUGCGCAGUAUGGAUGGACAUCAGGCACAGAUUCCUAGCCUUUCAUGGAAUGGUCACGUCCUCUCAAGUGGAUGCGGUGAUGGGAGUAUCUGGCAUCACGAUGUCCGCGUUGCACGGCACAAGGUGAUGGAGCUAUUAGGUCAUCACGGUGAAGUCUGUGGUUUGAAGUGGAGGCAUGACGGAGAAUUCCUCGCGAGUGGAGGAAACGACAACGUUGUGAAUAUCUGGGAUGCUCGAUUGAAUUAUAGCCUUACGGACAGGGAUGAGGAUGAUGUAGAGGUUAGGAAUCAAGCCAAGUUUUCGAAGCGUAAUCACAAUGCGGCGGUAAAGGCCCUUGCGUGGUGCCCUUGGCAAUCAAAUCUUCUUGCUUCUGGUGGAGGGACGAAUGAUGCAACAAUUCACGUUUGGAACAGCAAUACCGGAGCAAGGAUACACUCGCUUAAGACUCCUGCUCAAGUCACCUCCCUUCAUUUCGCCCCGCACAAGAAGGAGAUCCUAUCAACACACGGCUACCCGGACAACGCGAUUAUGAUACAUGGCUACCCAUCACUGACCCGUAUCGGCGAGAUCAAGGAGUCACACGACUCACGCGUCCUCUUUAGCUGUGUUGGCCCGUCGGGUGAUCUUGUGUUGACAGGUGCCGGAGAUGAGAACCUAAAGUUCUGGCGUAUUUGGGAGGUGCCGAAGUCCGGGAAGCACAAGUCCAAAUCAAGCAGUUUAAGCGGUCGAGAUGUAUAUAUGCCCAUUCGAUAAUCGAGAUGGAAUGGGGCUUGUCCGGUGAUACAUAACAAAUACCACUUUUAUCCUUUAAACGUCUCCAAUCCUAAAGCAUACUGUAUAUCAACCACUCAUGUGUCGUGCGUUCCUAUUGCUAUUCGUCCACGUUAUGCUUUUUUUUCAUCACUUGUUGUUGCCACCACAUGUAGGAUUCUAGGUCUGUACAUUGAGGAUAUAGCAAUAAAAUAAAACUAUCAACC